UGAUUCUUCCUGUCCUGUCCUGCCUGCCGUGCACGGGGCAGGUGGUCUACGCUACACCCCAAAACAAGCAACUUGUUUGAUUGAUUCUUCAUCAAAUCAAUGAAAAUUCACAACCACUCCCUCUCUUUCUCUCUCUCUCUCUAGCCUAAAAUUGUCCUACUAAUACCUAUCCACUUAACCACAUUAAACUAUCUAUGUGAAAAACCAAAACAACAAAGAAGAAGAAAAGACACAGAAUUUAAUUUCGGAGGAGGAUAUAUAAUUCACAUAUGAUUCUUAGACCUUGGAUCGAUUGAAGCAGCAAGUUUUGUACACCCCUAUCGUUUUGAUGGACGACAAAGUGACUAUCGAAAAUGACGCCCAACGACUUCCUGCUAUUGAUGAUGAGUUUGGUGGUGUUGUCGUAGAGAUGAAACAACCUAUGGACUCUGAUGUCUUUCGUAUGCUCCUUAAGACUUCCAUGUCUCACUGGACCUUGCAGGGCAAGAAGGGUGUUUGGAUUAAAUUGCCUAUUGAACUUUCAAAUCUCGUUGAUGCUGCAGUUAAGGAGGGUUUCUGGUACCAUCAUGCUGAACCCAAGUAUCUAAUGCUUCUUUACUGGAUUCCCCAGACAGUAAAUCCCAUCCCGGGAAAUGCUUCACAUAUAGCUCGAGUUGGUGCCAUUGUCUUAAAUGAUAAGCGAGAGAUGCUUGUUGUCCAGGAGAAAAUGGGGAUUCUACGUGGAAUUUGGAAGAUCUCUACUGGUAUUAUUCAUGAGGGUGAGGAUAUCUGUGUAGGGGUGGUUAGAGAAGUCAAAGAAGAGACAGGAAUAGAUACAGAGUUUGUCGAAGUACUGGCAUUCAGUCAAGAGCACAAGGUCUUCUUCGGGAAAUCGGAAAUACUCUUCAUGUGCAUGAUGCGCCCAUUAUCAUUUGACAUCCAGAUUCAAGAAACAGAAAUUGAGGCUGCCCAGUGGAUGCCAUUGGAGGAAUAUGCAAGUCAACUUUCUCCCCACGAAAAAGGUUUAAGAAAGUACAUUACUGAGUUAUGCAUGGCAAAGGUCAAGGGGAGAUACUCUGGAUAUUUGCCAGUGCCAGUAGCAUCAGAUGCUGAUGGUAAUCCAAGUUAUAUCUAUUUGAACCAGGGAGAACUAAAUAAAAAGUUAAAUGAACUAUCCUAACAAACCAGGUUACGAUAUACCUCACACUUGAUUAUUAGGAUUCCUCAUUGAACUUUUUGUUUAGUUCUUCCUAGCUCAAAUAAACUGUUCAAAUUGUCUAUCUUAACCUUCAUAGUUGAUAGUAAUGUGUAACCUUCAAAUCCGAUUUUUAGUGUGAACCAUUUAUGGUCUAUUGUAACCCUCAAACUCGAAUAAGCAUUUAUGUAACAUUCAUAUUCAUAAUUGUAUGAAUAGCUGUAAGUUUGUAAUUGAA